UAUCAUCACGCCCAAGCAGUCGCUGCUGAGAAUCACACCGACCGUCGACAGCAUCCUGCGAUACCUGCGCGAUCCUCACAAGUCGCUGUACCUCUGGAUUGACGCCUGUGCAUCGACCAACAGGAUGAGAAUGAUAAGGCGGUGCAGAUUCCACAGAUGGGAGAGAUCUAUAGGUGCGCCGAGACAGUGCACGUCUGGCUUGGCGACAUCGAUGCCGAUGAGGUCGCAGUGGCAUUCUCCAACAUACGCAUGGUUCAUGCCAUCCCGGCGACCGAGCCCUACAAGACGGAUCUUUGCAAAAGCUUGGCGAUGCUGACGCAAAAGCCAUGGUUCACUCGAAGAUGGGUUAUCCAAGAAGUGAAGCUUGCAGAUCGAGCCGUCUUGCAUUACGGAGAGCACUCUCUUGAGUAUGCACGCUUCCGAGCAGCUUGGUACUCAGUGGAGAGUCGCAUGUUAUCUCGGGACAGCCUCGGAGAUCUGCGACUUUUGCUGAAGCAUGAUGUGACAGAAGACCUCUUGGAACUGCUCUGGGGAUUUCACAUGGCCAAGUGCUCAGACCCGCGAGAUCGUCUUGCAGCUUUGUACGGCUUUCUACCCCAAAGCAAACAACCGAUUGAUCUGCUGUACAGCCAAAUUAGCUGGAACGAAAUAUAUCGCCGGCUGGCUGAGAAAUUGAUCAAUGAAGGCGCUCUCUCGGCAAGCCGGGUCAUUCUACACCUUUUCGCUUUUGGGCCGGUUGCUGGACAGAGCCUCGACGACGCCGAGUAUCCGUCUUGGGUCCCUGACUGGUCUGGGGUUCGGCAGCUGGGGCUGGCGUCAGGCGAGUCCAAUUUAGAUCGCCAGCACUCAACAGACCGCGCCGACAAGCCUUGGAUUGAAAUUUCCAAUGAGGUUGGUGGCCUGGAAACUGAAGGCCCUUCUUCAGACCCCCACCUGGAUGACAGCUUGUCUAGCAGAGAGAAGGAGAUGUCCUGGUUCCGAGGGGCACAACAAGACAUAUUAAAUGCCAAUCGGCCCUUCGAACUCAUAUCCUUUGGGUCUCAAUCCCAACGAGAUUUUCUGCUGGGCAAAGGAAACUACGGGUCAGGUGGUCACCAAUUCGUGGCGGCCUCUAUGGGCGGAGUGCCCGACUGAUCCUAACGCUACCGCGAGAAGUAGUAGUCGAGAAGGAAAAGUUAUGGAAACAUGUACUUUCAUGUCUCGAGCCUAUCAAUGAUGAAUGUAUGGGACUAAAGCGUUGGCUUAGGGUCACGACAUUAUUUGCAAUCAUCCUAAGGGGUAAGGACGUUGUGUCAGAGGACAAAGGCCACCUAAGUCGUUGGUCUUUGACAACGCUCAUGGAAAAACUGUACCAAUCAUUCAGGA